AUGGAUUUCCUCAAGCGAUUCAAAAAGCAAUCUUCCCCAGCAGUAGAUGCUACACCAACCCCAUAUGCCGACGACGACGUCCUUCCAGUACACACACUAGACGACACGAAGACUUUCCGUAGCAUCAUAAUUACAUGGACACUCUGCUUCAACGAUGUUCUCGAUGCGGAUAGGCUCCGGUCCUCUCUAGCAAAGCUCUUGGAAAAUGGGGACUGGAGGAAGCUUGGAGGACGCUUGAGACUCAACAACAAGGGUGCAUUGGAGAUUCAUGUCCCACGCCAGUUCACAUCUGAGCGACCCGCCUUCUCGUACAGCCAUGUCACCAUCAACACUCCCAUCGAAGAGCACGACCUAGCCAAGAAGCUUCCCAAAGCCAACAGAGCCGUCUUGAUCUGUCCAGGACCCACGGAGUUCAAUGACCUGGCCGCUAGCGCCGACGCGCCCAUGACGUUUGAGGACUUGAUCGCUGGAGACACGCCACAAAUUUCGGUCCACAUCACGUCUUUUACCAACGCAACACUCGUGGGACUCUCCUGGCCCCAUACUUUGAUGGAUGUAAUUGGCAACCAAAACCUCCUCUGCGCGUGGUCGAUGGUAUUAGCCGGAAAAGAGACCGAAGUGCCGCCUGUACUAGGGGCGCGGGAAGACAUGCUACGUGCACUGACUGACAACACGACUCAGCCGGCAGAGGAGUACAUACUCAAGGCCAAACAGCUCAAAGGGCUGAGUAUGGUCAAAUUUGGAGCGAGGUUCGCAUGGGAUAUGCUUACUGGUCCUGCUCCAAAGUCGCAGACGAUUUACCUGCCAAAGGACGUCGUGGCGAAAUUGCGCGUAGCAACUGAGCAAGACCUACCUGUGCAGGAGAACGAUGACGGUAUAGUCGAGAAACCACCGUUCAUCAGCGAUGGCGAUGUGCUCACUGCAUGGACACUCCGCUGUAUCGCAUCUUCUCUGCCAUCACCCCGUCCCUUGACCGCCCUCCACGCAAUGAACGCUCGUUUCCGUCUUCCUGAACUCAUCAACGCGAAGGGCAUGUACAUGCAAAACAUGCUCGUCCCCGGCUUCACCUUCCUCUCUCCAGACAUGGCAACCGGCCCACUCGGUCCCAUCGCUCUACACAACCGCCAGCGCCUCCUCGAACAAGCAACCGAAGGCCAAGUCCUUGCCAGUCUUCGCGAGCAGCGUAUCUCCGGCGAUCCAUCGACGCUUCUCUACAGUGACGCGGAUGCGAUGUUGGUGCCUUUUACCGACUGGUCGAAAGCCAAGUUCUUUUCUACUGUCGACUUUGGGCCUGCGGUUGUGAGGGCUGGUGAUGAGAGUGAGGGAAGGAGUAAUCCGCCUGGUAUGCCUGCGUUUCAUCAUUGCUCGAGUAGGAUACCGAAUCCGGCGAAUAGGCUGUUGGUGCAUAUUUUGGGGAAGGAUCAUGCGGGGGGUUAUUGGCUGAGCUUGAUUAUGUCGCCGAAGGCUUGGGAGAAUGUUGAGGAGAGCUUGAGGGAGUUGAGUUGA